GUGGUGCGGACUGGACAAACCGGUCCUCACACCCCCGUCCUCGCCUAUCCCGCCUGAGACAAACGAAGAGGUGAAAGUCUCCAGGUGUCCCAACAAACAAGGUUUUGCCACCGUUCCAGGUGUGACAGCAGUGCCCCCCGGUCCCCAACAUGGCGAACUUCAUGAACCCGCUUUUCGACAAGGUCAGCCUGCUGAAGAAGGAGGCAGACGACCCGGAGUCGGCGUCAUGCCUGCCCUGUACGGACGGCUCCGACCAGGAAGAGGAGGAGGAAGAGGAGGAAGUUCCAGCCACGUGUGCGACCCCGGCAGAGGAGGUGGAGAAAGACCCCCUAGGUCACAUGGUGUCUGCCCACACCAUCGCAGACAUCAUCAUGGACAAAAACACGGAAAUGCCGCUCACGGUGGGGGUGUUCGGCGGCUUCGGCUCCGGAAAAUCCUCCUUCCAUGCUGCCGUCAAAAAAGAGGUUCUGAAAAGGACGUCGCUUGUCCAGCAUUAUAAAAAGAAGAUCGACGAACAGGGAGUUUCAAAGAAGAAGAAAAAGGAGAAACCGAGGAACCUUCUUGAGCGCCUCGACUUCUACAUCAUCAUGAUUGUCUACCUAAGCCUGGUGACAGGGACCAUCGUAAGCGGUCUGAUGUACCCGGCGGCCUUCUACUACCUUCUGGCCGGCACCGUUUCCGCGGUGUUGCCUAUCGGGGUGUACUUCCGGGACUACCUCGGGCAGGCCGCGCGGCUGGUGGCGGCUAAGCUGCCGGGGCUGUUCGCCAAGUCCAGUCCCAUGUACCACAUCCUCCGCACCUACCUGGACGUGCCGGUAAAACCACUGGAUCAGGAGCUGGUCAGGGAGCAACCGGAGAGAAGAACAGACGUAAUCUGGGUUGAUUUCAACGCCUGGGUGUUUUCCGGUUGCAAUGUAUUGUGGGCCGGGAUCGUCACCAGGCUGUGUGAUGAAGUCGAGGCUCACGUUGGCGCGAGAAACGUUCGUCUGUUUCGGUCCAUACAGGCCAAAGCGGAGGCGGCUGCUGCCCAGCCCACCCAGCGGAUCCUGCUCCCUAAGUGGUUCCGCCUGCUGGCGACGCUGGUGAUCGGCGUGGGGCUGGUGGUUCUGGCCGCGCUGGGGAUCGAUACGGACGCGUUGGCGAAUGGAGAGUUCCCCGCUGGAGUGGUCCCGCUUGUCCCGCUGCUGAUGGGUGCGCUCGCUAAAGGGAAGAGCGCCGUGACGUUCGGCAGGAGCAUGGUGAAGUCACAGUCCGACAACAUCACGUCACUCAUGGCGAGGCCGGGGUUCGCCGAGCAGCUGGGAUUCAUGUCAGAGGUUAAGAAGGAGGUCCAGACGGUUAAGUCUCUGCUAGCGUACCUGGAGCGGACCACGAACAUCCGGUACCGAAUCGUGGUGGUUGUGGACGACUUGUCGGACUGCCAGGAGGACCGCGUGGUGGGAGUGUUGCAGGCGCUCAAGGUGCUGCUGUCUGACGAGGACGCCAACAUCAUCUCCAUCCUCUGUGUCAAUCCUAAACAGGUAAAAUCAUCUCCAUCUUCUGAGUUAAUCCUAAACAGGUAACAUCAUCUCCAUCUU